AAGAAGGCCAGGUGUGUCUGUACAACUUCUGACUCACUCAGGCGCGCGCGCGCGCGCUCUCGCACACAUACAGCUGAUCGGAACGGAGUCGAGCGCCGGCAUUGCCUGCUUUAAUUCGUCUCGGGGCGAACGGGGCCGGCUGCGAGCGCUGGGCACGCGACCAACGUUCGCCAGAACAACGGCAACCACGGCGGCGACAGGACAAAACAGCGCCGCAGAUCUCUCAACGUCUGUCCACGCCAGACAGUGUACUCCAGCUUCUAGUGCCUUUCCCAGUGACUACAUGUGUAUGCGUGUCUGUGCGUGCAUGGGUGUGUGUAGUGUGUUAAGUGCCUUGCGAUAGAUGUCCCUGCAAUAUCAGCAUCCCGCCCGUCAACUUCGCACCGUGUGACGACUUGACCAGGAGCAAACAACGCCCCAACCAACAAACAACAACAGCAACCACAACAACAAACAAUGUCAUCACUCAACCCACCGAAGCGGCUGAAGCUCAAGGAGAACCAGAUGGUGGUGACGAUGCGCGAUCUGCCGGCUGGGCCGCUCAAGCGCAAGCUGCCCCUCGGCAACUACGUCAGCGCGGACAACGUGCUACCCCCAGCCGUCACGAUCGCGACCCUCGCCAAGCAGCUGGCGGGCGCCGGCUCACCCACCGGGCCCGGCCUGCCCGGCCGAAAGCGCUCCAGCGAGCCGCGCACCACCGUGUCCGCGGUCGAGCGGCGGAAUGCGCGCGAGCGCAACCGCGUCCAGCAGGUCAACAACGGGUUUGCCGCGCUGCGCCAGCGCAUCCCGGACGAGAUAGCGGAUGCGUUCGAGGCGGGCACGACGGCCCGCGGCGUCCACAAGAAGCUCAGCAAGGUGGAGACGCUCCGGAUGGCGGUCGAGUACAUCAAAAGCCUCGAGCGGCUGCUGGAGCAGUCGGGCACGGCGCCGGGUCGUCUACCGGCGGCCUUCCCGCCGGUCGACACGCCGGAAACGCAGCUGCCCGCCACGCCGCCGCCCGAGCCGGCCGGCCAGACCGGCAGCAACUUUUUCCUCGCAAUCAAGCCCCGCACCGACCGCGCAGGUGGCAACGUGCCGGCCGGUAGCGCCGAGACGCAGAUCACCAUCAUCAACGGGCACCAGUACAUGCGCAUCCCCGGCACCAACACCUUCCAGUAUCUGGAUCCCGGGCGGCUGCACGACGAAGAGGACAGCGGUUCGGUCGGCCGGGCCGAACCUCCGCGCAGUGGCAGACACCAGUACGUGGAAGAGGAGGACGAAGAGGAGGGGAUGGUGGGGGAAGAAGAGGACACGUGCUCGAGCAGUGGGGAUCUGCUGAGCGAGUCAGCGAUCGCCCUGUCCCCGCAGAGCAACUUUACGCUCGAGCCGGACACGGACUCGAAGCGCGACGUCGAUUCGCUCUACCAGUCGCUGGUGGCCCAACCGGACGGGGGCGUGUUCGACCAGCAGCAGUACGACGACCUGAUGCUGAUCAAGUCCGAGCUGCAGGACGAGGCGGACCUCGCCGAGGACGCGUCCUUUCUCAGCUGGUUCGAGGCGAACCAGCAGCUGCAGCUGCAGCAGCAGCUCCAGCAGCACCUUCAGCAGCAGCUCCACAGUCAGCCGAGCCUGCUCGAUUGAGCGAUUAGUUUAGAGUUUUGCGAUUAUUUAUUGUAUUUAUUAGUAUGCGUAGCGGUAGGGGCAGCGCAGCCCGGUGCACAACACACCGUCGCCCAUUUUGGGGCGCAUCCAAAACCCCCAUAUACCAAAGGGUCUUACUACUCGGCGGCGAUGCCCGGCGGUAAGCGUUCAAACGAUUUCGAAGCAAGCAUUCCAACAAAUUUAGGCUAGGUUGCGAUUGCAAACAAAAAAUGGGAAAACCGAAAAAGCUACACGUCAAACCUAAGCCUCAACGACUUUCCAGUGCCUGUGCGAGCUGUCAGGGGAUGCCAUUUUACCCUUUGCUUUUUGACAGAUGUAUAAGUAUUACGUUUAAUAGUUGCAUAUUUACCUAGACUGAUAUAGACCAAACCUUGCGGUAGCUUGUAUGUUUUAUUUAAGAAAAUCAAACCCUUCCCACCCCUCUCCUCAC